CUCAUGGAGCUCUCCAUGCUUCUCAGUGCGAUUCUUCUUCUUUACUCAUUCCUUCUCCUUUGGAAGUUGUAUGAACAAUGGAGGAACCAAAACUGCUACAUUCUCGAUUACGUGUGCUUCAAACCAUCAGAUGAUCGGAAGCUUGACACCGAGAUCUGCGGUGACAUCGUCCUAGGAAACAAGAACUUGAGUGAGAAAGAGCACAAGUUCAUCCUCAAGGUCAUAGUUGGGUCCGGAAUUGGUGAGGAGACCUACGGCCCAAGAAACAUCAUCUCUGGAAGAGGAGAAGAAGCUCCAUUGCUUGCUGAUGGAAUCUCGGAGAUGGAUGAGUGUUUUAAUGCUACCCUUGAUGAGCUGUUUGUGAAAUCUGGGAUAUCUCCAGCGGAUAUCAAAGUGCUCAUUGUGAAUGUCUCCAUGAUCUCUCCAGCCCCUUCUCUUAGUGCAAGGAUAAUCAACCGUUACAAAAUGAGGAAGGACAUCAAGGUCUACAACCUAUCUGGAAUGGGAUGCAGCGCAAGUUUGAUAUCGAUAGAUAUCGUGCGAAACAUCUUCAAAUCACAUCCGAAAAUGUUGGCUGUGGUGGUCACAUCAGAGUCCAUCGGCCCCAACUGGUAUUCAGGCAAUGACAAGUCCAUGAUCCUUGCUAAUUGUCUCUUCCGGUCUGGGGGAUGCUCCAUUCUCUUAACAAACAACCCCGAUCUUAAACACCGAGCAAAGUUCCGCUUGAGGUGCCUGAUCAGGACCCACCUAGGAUCAAAUGAUGAUGCAUAUGGAUGUGCCAUGCAAAUGGAGGAUGAGGCGGACCGUCUUGGGUUUCGCCUUGGCAAAGGCCUACCUAAGGCAGCCACAAAAGCAUUCUUUGAGAACCUUAAAGAACUGGCUCCUAAGGUUUUACCUCUAAGGGAGUUACUACGUUACGUUGCCUCUGGCCUUCUAAGCAAGAAAGGUGGUGCAACAGCCCCAGUGAAUUUCAAGGCGGGCAUCGAUCAUUUCUGCCUUCACACAGGUGGGUCAGCAGUCAUUGAAGGGGUGGGGAGGAGUCUGAUGCUGAGUCAGAAUGAUCUGGAGCCAGCUAGUAUGACACUUCAUCGAUUCGGUAACACAUCAGCAAGUAGUCUUUGGUAUGUGUUGGGGUACAUGGAAGCUAAGGAGAGGCUUAAGAUGGGGAAUAGGGUUUUGAUGAUUAGCUUUGGGGCUGGUUUCAAGUGCAACAGCUGCUUGUGGGAGGUGGUGAAGGAUUUGGAUGACCGGAAUGUCUGGGAAGCUUGCAUUGAUGGGUACCCUCCCCAGAAACUAGCCAAUCCUUACAUGGAGAAGUACGGCUGGAUCAACGACCAGUAAUGCUACAAAGACGUUGACCAUCAACCCAUGUGCAUUUUAUCUCUUUCUGCUUUAAGUCCAUGUUGUGUAUGUAUUGGUCUUGACUUUGGU